AUCAGGUCAUAACUAUCACUGUCAAACAAAAACAACGAAUUGAAUUGAAAUGAACUAUAAAUUAAAAACAAAACAACCGCAAAAAUCAAAACAAAACCGAACCUGAUUUUUAAAACUUCAAAUCAAACUGGAAGAUUUCUUGCUUUGAUCCACUUGUGAAGGAAGGGCCAUAAAUAACUCAUUGAAUUACAGACAUGGAGGAAGACGAAUACGAUGACGAAUUGCCACCCAUUGUGGUUAAUUCAUCUUCUCGAGACGAGUCUGUGUUCGCGAUGCCAUCAGCCGAGGUUUUAGCCUCGCAACGAGCCCGAGCCGAAGAGUGCGAGCGGGAAUUACAGCAACUGAGAGCUCAGCACGAUCUACAAGAGAUGGAACUCGAAGCCGGUUCGGCUGAGAAUACUCCACCCACAGUGCCUUCGCGCUCAGAUUCCAGCGGAUCGGAGGGAGAGACAGCACUGGCUUCAGCCGUUGAGGCGCUGCGUGUAGGCGGCGCAGCAGCGGGCGCGGCGGCGGCGGAGUCGCGGCCGGCGCUGGGCGCGGUGCUGGCCCGCGUGCUGCAGCAGCUGCCGGACACGGCGCGCGCGCUGUGUGCGGCUUACAGCGACGCCCUGACCGCGGGCCGCGAUGUCGACGUGCUCACUGACGAGCUGCUGACGGGCGUGGGAUCAUGGCUGGGCGGCCUGGCGGGGGAGGAAGGGGGACCGCUAUCGGAGUCGCCCACUGAUGACGAGGUGGUGGGCGUGGGCGCGUGGCUGAGCGCGCUGGCGCUGGGCGCGCCCGCGCCGCGCGCGCGCCGCGCGCUGCACGCGCUGCUCGCCGCCGCCGCGGACCGCCAGGUGCACAAACUAGCGUGUGUGCUGGUGCCCGCGCUAGAGGAGGCGCGCUGGCGACUGGAUCUCGUCACCGCGCUGCAGGCAGCCGGCCGCCCGCAGCUGGCGCUCACCCUGUGCCAGUGCGCGCUCACGCAGCUGCUGCAGCCGGACCGCCACGCCGCGAUGCAGGCGAGCGCUUGUUUGUUAUAAAAUAAAGUGGCAGUAAGAUUGAUAGUCGGGCACGGUAUUUAUGGAAGUGUCCGCAGGUCCCCAGCGAGCCGCUGCCGCUGCCGCAGGUGGCGGCGCUGGUGGCGCAGGGCUGGCGGCGGCUGGCGCGCGCCCAGCGGGAGCCGGCGCUGCGGCUGGCGGGGCGCGCGCUGCGGGCGCCGCGGGCGGGCGAGCGCGAGCGGGCGGCGCGGGCGCGCGCGCUGGCCGCGCUGGCCCGCGCGCCCGCCGACGGCAACGACCGCCACCAGCCGGAGGAACUCAAGAUUGCGGUGGCGGCGUCCAAACUGAAGAUCUUGUUGUCUGACAAUAACUGAUCGUUGUCUUAUGUGACUGUUCAAUUACUG